CACAACUUGUCACUCAAUCUUUUUACAACAAUUCAAAAAUAACAAUUUAAAAAUGAAGUUCACCGUUGCUUUCGUCGCCCUUGCCGUCUCUGGCGCCUCCGCCUUCGCUCCUGCCCCUGCCGGACGUCUCUCCACUGCCGUCUACAACGAGGGCCCCGCUAUGUAAGUAGAUGCAGAAACAAUGAAGUCACAACAUGAAUGGAAGUGUACGAAUGGAGGUUAAGAUGGUGUUGUUCUUGCCCGACGUAUGAUAUCGCUAUACUGACUAUGCGUUCCCCAUCCGCCUAUCUGAAACAAAAUACGACUCGUAUCACAGCGGAAAGGGAGGUAUGGCUGAUACCCGUGACCCUGAUGCCUACGAAGACGAUGAUGCCCGCAAGUCCAUCGCCCCUGCUCCUUCGUUCGAAGAAUACCUCAAGGCGCGUCAAGCUGAGGGCAACUAAGCGCCACAAAGUACAGUUGCUAGCGCAUGGGAGCGGAAAUGAUGUGCCAGCUAGGAGUCAAACACGGUUGGCACAUGCAAGGCUCCUACAACGGGAUCAAUACGAGUUUUGAAGAGAUGGCUAAUGUCCAAACCAUAAAAUAGAAUGGAUUUUAUCUC